AUGCCUUCUCUUGCAAGUGCUGGAAAGUGUCCGGGAUACGAAGAGCUUAUUGGAGCAAGCAGAAAAAACUCUGCAGAAAACUAUGCUUUCCACGGGACGAAAUUAGACAUUUCAAAGGAGAUUUUUGGAAAUUCCAUUUUUACCGUCUCGAAUACGGAGAGAGGCCUCAGCGUGAACUACUCCGUGGGGGGAAUCUCGCGGGUUUUCUCUGCGUCGGUGUUUAGCGACGGAUCUGUCCUGGGGAAGAUCUCCCCUGCUCCCGGGCACUCUGGAAUGGCUGUUUCCUGCAUGCGCGGGCCAGAGACGCAGUAUUUCGACGUGGGACUGGAAAAGGCCCUGAAAAGAGCUGCUUUCUCCGUGAAAGCAGUUAAUCCGAGUGUGGAAAUUCCGAGCCUGGAAAUUCCUGGGGGAAAACUUUCCGCGUGUUUUCAGCACCUUCGGAGCAGUCACUCCUCCCUCCGCGGGACUUUGCAAAAAUUUUCAGGGGAAAUCUCCCGGGCGAUCUCAGAGAUCCCUUCAGGUUCUGGGGGGUUACGGAGUUGCAUGAAGGAAGGAGCUUUCAGGGCGUGCAGGCUCUUCCGGGGCGGAGUCUUUUCGGCGACUUCCGUCCUGGAGGUGGCUCCCUCCCUCCAUCUGGGCGUGGAAACGGUCUUUUCCCUCGCGAGAAAAGAGCCCGGGAAAGAGACGAGCGGAGAAGAAACGGGACUCCUGCGGGGGUUUUCCGCGUAUGCAAGAGAAGCUGCAGCCACGUGCAUCGUGAGCAAGGCCUUUGAGACGUGGCGCCUUCUGGGGAUAUAUCAUACCUCCGGGAAUGCGGGCUUUUUCGCGGAGAAGAGGCUGGAUGAGGCAGUUUCCCUGCACAGUGAACUCUCCGUUGACUGGAGGAAGGUCCUGAAGACGGGGCCUUUCUGGGAGUCCGUGGGUUUUGCCGUUGGAACGGUUAUUCGAGGACCUGGCAGUACUACUCACGUGACUGCAGGGUCUAACGGGGUAGUAACAGCUUCUUCUGAUAUUCCCGUGGGAGAUGGUGCUGUCCUGAACCUGAGCACGCAAGUCUCCACGGGUUCGCCCCUCCUCGGGAUUGGGUUCACCUUCACGAGCUGA